AUGCGGUCCGCCCUCCGACCCCAGCUGAUUCGGCCGGCGCUACGACCAAAUGCGGCCGCUGGCCGUGUUCCUGCCGCUCCCGCUGCGCGCCCACCGGCAUCGAGGGCUUACUCAGGUCCGACGUACACCGGGAUCAAGAACCCGAAGCCGCCAGUCAUGGGCCAGCCGCUCGCGAAGACGCACGCCCAUCUCGUACGCGAGGGAGAGCUCACACCCGGUGUCACACCGGAGGAGUACGAGGACCGUCGAAGACGGCUCAUGGAGAGCCUGCCCGCCGGCGCUGUUGUCGUUUGUAUGGGAGGAACGGUCCGAUUGGUGUCGCAGCAGAUCUUCUACAAGUUCCGCCAGUCGACCGACUUCUUCUACCUGACGGGCUUCGACGAGCCGGACGCCACGGUCGUGCUUGGGUACAAGUACAUCCUCUUCGUUCCUCCGCGAGACCGACACGAGCUUCUGUGGUCCGGUGAGCGUACCGGCGUUGAUGAGGCUGUGACCACCUUUGGCGCCGACGAGGCGUACCCGAACAGCCACCUCUCUGAACACCUCUCGCGCUAUCUUGGCUACGAGAGCAUAUACGCUUCCCUUCCCCCUUCCCCGUCACCAUCGGCCGCCUCUCAACCUAUCUCACCCUCAAGCCCGCGUCGACGCUCGUCUCUGCUCAAGUUCUUCGCCCCCUCCGAAGAGCACAAGUUCGAUGCCCGCGACCCUCCGCACCUCAUGCUCGCCGCCGCGCUGGCGGGCAACAAGGCCAAGCCGCUAGAGCAGGUGACGCACCGCCUGCGCGUGCGCAAGUCCGACGCCGAGCUCAGGCUCAUGAAGAAGGCGGCCGACAUCUCGGGUCUCGCGCACAAGAAGGUCAUAGGCUUCGCCAAGGUCGGCGGCACGGAGGCGCAGAUCGCCGCCCGGUUCGAGUACGAGUGCGCGCUGAACGGGAGCGAGCGGCCGGCGUACGUCCCCGUCGUUGCCAGCGGGGCCAACUCCCUCGUCAUCCACUACACGCGCAACGACUGUGUUCUGGACGAGAACGACAUGGUGCUUAUCGACGCCGGAGGCGAGUUCCAUAUGUACGCGUCGGACAUCACGCGCACGUUCCCCGUCAACGGACGCUUCACCGAUCCGCAGCGCGACCUGUACCAGGCUGUGCUGAACGUGCAGAAGGAGUGUGUCAAGCGCUGUGUCCUGAACGAGGGCGUGACGAUGAACGAGCUACACCGUAUCAAGCUACGCCAAAUCGGCUUCACGCUCUCGACGGGUGACGUCGAGCGCAAGCUCUACCCGCACUUCCUGACGCACCAUGUCGGUUCGGACCUGCACGACUGCCCCUCUGCAGACCGCUCAGCGCUGCUGCAAGAGGGCAACGUGCUCACGAUCGAGCCGGGAGUGUACGUGCCGUUCGACGACAAGUUCCCGAAACACUUCCAGGGCCUCGGCGUCCGUAUCGAGGACGAGGUUGCCAUGACCAACCGCGGGCCCUGGGUGCUGACUGAGCUCGCGCCGAAGGAGAUCCGGGACGUUGAGGCUGCCGCCCAGGCUAAGGUUGAGUAG